AUGGUCGAUUCUUCUGCAUACACUUUACUGGAUCAACAACAAGGAGGUCUUACGGAUUCACAGAAAGAUGCUAUUUCUAGACGUAGAAGAAAAGUUGAUAUGGCAUAUGGUCAAGGAACGUACGACCAAGCUGUAGGCAAAGUGAAACCACAUCGAUGUGCUCGCCAUCUCGAUGAUGCUCUUAUGAGCAUCCAACAUUUAGAAUUCUUGAAAGGAAUGGGAACAUUUGUAUCUUGUUUAUUCAGCGAAACUGGUAAAGAACCUAUUCGGAUAUAUAACGACUCUCCCAUGUUUGAUCAUGUUCGUGAGCUGGGACGACUUGAGGCUCAAUCAAAAAAGGAUCCAUAA